AUGGACAAGUAUACUGAGAGUAGUAUCCAGAAUGGUCCACGAUUGUUGCUUGAAGGUGCCUAUCCUCCACUGAAGAAUCUUGCUAAGACAGCACAUAUUCAGAGCCUUGAUCAAUAUGAGACAAUGUAUCAACAAUCACUUGAUGAUCCAAUUCACUUUUGGGGGACGCUCGCACGAGAGAAUCUAGACUGGUUUCGUGAUUUUGACCAGACAAUUGCAGGUACAAUCACCAAGGGCAAUGUCGCGUGGUUUCUCAAUGGACAACUGAAUAUCAGUAUCAAUUGUAUUGAUCGUCAUGUUAAGAAAUAUCCAAACAAGGUAGCUAUUAUUUGGGAAGCCGAUGAAAUUGAUCAAGGACGUAAGAUUACGUAUACAGAGCUACUGGAGGAAACAUGUCGUGUGGCGAAUGCAAUGAAACAUGCAGGUGUCAAGAAAGGUGACACUGUAGCCAUUUACAUGCCGAUGAUUCCUGAGAUUGCUUUCGUUAUGUUAGCCUGUACCCGUAUCGGCGCCGUCCAUAGUGUUGUCUUUGCUGGCUUCUCGGCUGAUGCUCUGCGUGAUCGUAUCAUUGAUGCCAAGACCCAAUGGGUCUUUACUUCCGACGAGGGUAAACGCGGUGGUCGCACACUACCGCUCAAGCAAAUUGUUGAUCAAGCUAUUGACGGCCUAGACUUUGUACGUAAUGUGUUUGUCUUUAGACGCACACAUAACGCACAAGUGAAGAUGAACCCGCAGAUUGACAUUGACAUGGAUGAAGAAUUACUGCGUCAUCGUCCGUACUGCACCGCUGAGUUUAUGAACUCCGAAGACCUAAUGUUCAUCUUGUACACGUCAGGAUCAACGGGUACUCCCAAGGGAAUUGCUCAUACGACGGCUGGCUACCUCUUGUACACUAUGAUCACGUCCAAGUACACAUUUGACUUGCAACACGACGAUGUAUACGCUUGUGUUGCUGAUGCGGGCUGGAUUACCGGACACAGCUAUAUCCUUUAUGGCCCGCUUGCCAACGGCGUCACUACGGUCAUGUUCGAGGGCACACCUAUGUACCCAGAUCAUGGUCGCUACUGGGACCUGGUCCAGCGUCACAAGGUGACCAAGUUUUACACUGCUCCGACAGCCAUUCGUGCUUUAAUGGCUCGCGGCAACGACAAGAUCAAGGACUACGAUCUAUCUACCUUGAAAAUCCUUGGUAGUGUUGGGGAGCCAAUCAAUCCGGAGGCGUGGAAGUGGUAUUAUGAAAUUGUGGGCAACCGCCAGUGCUACAUCGCUGACACAUAUUGGCAAACGGAAACUGGUGGACACGUUGGCGUUGGCCUUCCUGCUGCCACCCCGAUGAAGCCCGGAUCGUGCGCGAAGCCGUUCUUUGGCAUUGAUUUUGUGCUGACGGAUGAAAACGGCAGCGAGAUCGCGGGCAACGAUGUCGAGGGCCAACUUUGCAUCCGCAAACCCUGGCCAGGUAUGGCUCGCACAGUAUACGGCAACCACAAUCGUUACCUGCUGACGUAUAUGUCAACGCACAAGGGCCUGUACUUCACUGGUGAUGGCUGCCGUCGCGAUCAGGAUGGCUACUAUUUUAUAACUGGCCGUAUCGACGACGUACUAUGCACAUCUGGCCACCGCAUCGGCACGGCAGAAAUCGAGAGCGCUUUGGUGGCACACAACGUUGUAGCAGAGGCUGCGGUGAUUGGCAUUCCUCACCGCAUCAAGGGGGAGGGUAUCUGCUGCUUUGUGACACUAUUGGAUGGUGUGAUACCAAAUGCUGAAGUGCAGAAGGAAUUGGCGAUUCAAGUACGGUCGCACAUUGGCGCAUUUGCAACGCCUGAUUUGAUUAUUUUGGUACCUGGGUUGCCGAAGACACGCAGUGGCAAGAUCAUGCGUCGCGUGUUGCGCAAAAUCUCGCACGGUGAGGAGGAUUCACUCGGCGACGUUUCAACGCUGGCAGAUCCAUCGGUGGUGCCGGUUCUGAUCACAAACACGAAGGCAGCACUUGUUGGAAAAUCAUUUUGA